AUGAAUAUAUUGGCCUCCCUUCGUCGUUUAACGCUUGCAAGGAGUUUUCUUUGCAAUCAAACUCAAUCAAACAAAUUCAAACAAUUUUUGUCGUCAGUGAGUGCAUCGGAUCGCGACGAAAAGCCGGAACGAUUCAAUCAGCUCAACGCGAAACCAUUGUUAGAUCAGAAAAUCGCAUUUCAACAGCAUAUCAAGAUGAGAGAUAAUUAUGGAAGCUCGCGCGGUGGAUCCGACAGAGGAUUCAGAAAUGGAGGUGGCGGAUAUGGAGAUCGCGGAGAUCGUGGUUACGGAGGAGGCCGUGGUGGCGGUGGUGGAGGAUACGGCGGUGGCCGCGGAGGCGGAUAUGGUGGAGGCCGUGGAAGUUUUGGCGGUGGUCGUGGCGGAAGAGAAGGAGGUGCUGCUGGAUCACGUAUUCGCAACAUCGAUUGGUCUCGAGAGAACUUGCCUCCAAUCGAGAAGAACUUUUAUCACGAGCAUGCUUCAGUAACUCGUCGUGACCAGUAUGAAAUCGAUCAAUGGAUUUCUUCGCAUCAAGUGACGCUCGAAGGACGCGGAAUUCCCAGACCGAUUUUUGAAUUCAACGAGGCUCCACUCCCAGGAGAGCUCACUCAGCUUCUUUACGGAAAAUUCCAAAAGCCCACAGUUAUUCAGUCGAUUUCAUGGCCAAUCGCGAUGAGCGGCCGUGACAUCAUCUCUAUUGCGAAGACUGGAUCAGGAAAAACUUUGGCUUUCAUGCUGCCAGCCAUCAUGCACAUUACCAAGCAACCACCGCGCCAGAGAGGCGAUGGUGCUUCAGUGCUAGUGCUUCUCCCAACGCGUGAGCUCGCCCAGCAGGUUCAGGAAGUCUCUGUUGACUUCUGCCACGCUCUUGGACUCAAAAUGGUGUGCCUUUUUGGAGGUGCUGCAAGGGGCCCACAAGCUAGAGAUCUCGAUCGCGGAGUUGAUAUCAUUGUCGCAACUCCAGGACGCCUUUUAGACUUCAUUGAGGGCGGCGCAACUACAAUGAAAAGAUGCUCGUAUUUGGUUCUCGAUGAAGCCGAUCGCAUGCUCGACAUGGGUUUUGAACCGCAAAUCAAGAAGAUUGUUGGACAGAUUCGCCCCGACAGACAAACAUUGAUGUUUUCUGCUACUUGGCCCAAGGAAGUUAGAAGUUUGGCUGCUGAAUUCCAGAAGGACGCCGCUUUCCUUAACGUCGGUUCACUUGAAUUGGCUGCCAACCACAACAUCACCCAAGUGGUUGAUGUUAUCGAGGAGCACAACAAACAGCAGAGGAUGAUGGCACUUUUGAACGAAAUCAUGAAUCAGGCUGAAUGCAAGACGAUUAUCUUCGUGGAAACCAAAAGGAAAGCUGAUGAGCUGACCAGAUGGAUGAGACGAGAUGGGUGGCCAACAUUGUGCAUUCAUGGUGAUAAAAACCAAUCAGAACGCGAUUGGGUGAUGAAUGAGUUCAAGGGUGGAAAAACUCCAAUUUUGCUCGCCACUGAUGUUGCCGCUCGAGGAAUAGAUGUCGACGAUAUUAAGUAUGUCAUUAAUUAUGACUACCCCAACAAUUCGGAGGACUAUGUUCACAGAAUCGGACGUACUGGAAGGCGAGACAAGAAGGGAACAGCUUACACAUUCUUCACACCACAGAAUGCUGCGAAAGCCAAAGAUCUUUUGAAGGUUCUCGAUGAGGCUAAACAGAAUGUUCCCCAACAGUUGAGAGAUAUGGCAAAUCGAUCGUACGGAAACUCAAAUAGUCGAGGAAGAUGGGGUGGAAACUCUGGCGGAGGAAAACGCAGUUACGGUGGAAAUGAUAGCUAUGGUGCAAAGCGCGGAAGGUAA